UUUGGAGCAUGUCUUGUCUCCGGCCAUCUCCACCCUUACGUCCUGGACUUUCGCCUCGUGAUGAAAAAAGAAGUCAACGGCAUACGAAACGGAAGGAUGACAAGUGGCACGAAGAUGAUGCAUUAAUUCUGCGAGUUAUAGAAGCUUAUUGCACCAGUGCCAAAACCCGUUAUACAGUUAACUCAAUUGACUUGGGUCAGGUGAGUCGGACUUGUGGCACAGGGGGUCUAGAUUGUCGUGGAGUGGGCCAACAACAGCAGCCCCCCAAUUCGCCACCCCCCCUCUCCCCGUUUGGUGAUCUUCGUCUGAAUAAAGGGCAGCGGUCCAACUGGUGCUGUGGCCUUGCCAUUAAAGCUAUCAAGAAAAAUAUAGACUUUGAUUGUUGAGACUGGGAGUGUUUUUUCAGUUUUCAUUGGCAUUUUACUUAUGGAAUGAAUAGGAGAAAGGGAUGGAGAUUGAUAUGGAGGUGAGGUUCACUGUAAUGGUAAUAAGAUGAUGAUAUGUGAUUUAAGGAAAUCCGAGUGGGAAGCCAGAUUUUCCUUUCAUAUGAGAGAUAAUGCUGAGUUUGAAUAAUUUUGGAGCCUUUAAAAUUCUUCAGUAAUUUUUUGGAAUAUGCCAUAACAAGUAAGGCUUUAAAGAAUUUUUACUCCUUACAUAUAUGUAAAUGGAGUUUUUGAGUGAUUCACCCGUACAUGGCUAUUUGGUGAUAAAAUCAAAGAUAGUGCAUGAAAUCUCCAUUUGCAUGUAAUGGGCAUUUUAAAGGAGAAUGAUAAAACAUCAUUCUACACUGUGGCCAGUAUAAAUGAUAUUGCACUCAUCAGUAUUAAAAUGGUUAGUCAAGAAAUAGUCUGUGCUUCAAGCUGUCUUUUACAGUACUUACUUAACCUGUAGACUUCACUGCUGGGAAACUGGUAAACCCCAAAGAGCACAAAAAACAAAUGGAAAAUAAUAGCUUUGUAAUAUGUGUGUGUGUGUGUGUGUGUGUGUGUGUGUGUGUAUGUGUGUGUGUGUGUGUGUGUGUUUGUGUGUGUGUGCAUUUAUGUAUGUAUUUUGCAUAUACAUAAAUACACAUAUACAUAUAUACAUACAUACAUACAUGUAUAUAGGAGAUACCCAGAGGAUUUAAUAGUUGAAAUAAAAAAAAAACAAGUUGUGGAGGACAGUUGAUGGGAAUUAGUGUAAAGUUGAAACAACGUUAUGGUAAUCUUUAAUGUAUAUCCUCCUUACUAUAAUCCAUUCAUGUUAAUCUAUAACUUAUGUCUUAUAUAUAGAAAUAUAUCAAUGCAGAAUAUCUAUGCACUGAGCUUUGACUUCUAAUAACUAUAAAGCAUGUAACCUUCACUCUACUCAGACAAAAGUAACAGUUAGAAAUAAAAACAAACUUUUAGAUGCUCUUGCUGUACAUCUUGUAUAUCACAAGAAAGUAUUGAGCAUACUUGAUCAAGAAUAAAAAAAAGCUGUAUGAUGAAUGUUGUACCUAUAUGCUCAUUAUCAUAUGUAGUUUACAGGUUAACAUCAGGUAUUGAACACAAAACAUAGAAUAUGAACGCAAACCAAGAAGCAUAUAAUUCUAAACUAUAACCAACUGUAUGGGGCUGUACCCAAAAGUUCUUAACUAGAAUCACAGACAUUCUAUGACUAACCCAAAUUACAAUGCCUAUAUAUUUUUUUGCAAAUCAAAGACAUGUAAUAAACUAUUUGCUUUUUGUGGAAUUUGUUUAACAUUCACAUAUGCUCUUGUUAUCUUGAGAGUUCUAUAAGUUGCAUUGUACAUACGGUACACUUACAGUGUUUGAGAUGACUGAUUUUCUUCUUUGGAAUUAUUUAUUAUUUUGUGAAAAAAGUGUCUCAGAUAAGAUCUUUCAUGUGAAAAAUUAGAUGAAGUCAAAAUUCUUCCUCAUUUGUCAGUUCUGACAUUAACCCUUUCUUUACUAAUUUACUUCUUAAAAUGUAAACAAACCAUUAUUCUGCCAUAGUGACCUGACUCUGUCCCCUCUCAUGUGCGAGGGAUAUUGCACACUUUAUCAACUCUUCAGAUUGUUUAUGCUGUGAUUUGUUUUCAUGCUGAUGAUUGCAUAAACCUUAGAAAAGGAGAUUAUAAUUUACCGCAUUGGGAUGAGGAAUAAUCUUAUCUCAGUUGGACAGAUAAGUCAUAGACAUCACAGGAAAAAAGUUUGGGACACUUUUUGUGUGUGUGUGUGUGUGUGUGUGUGUGUGUGUGUGUGUGUGUGUGUGUGUGUGUGUGUGUGUGUGUGUGUGUGUGUGUGUAAAUGUGUGUGUGUGUGUUUAUGUGUGUGUAUAUGUGAAUGUGUGUGUGUGUGUGAAUGUGUGUGUAUGUUUUAAUGUGUGUGUAUGUGUGAAAGUGAAAGUGUGUGAAUGUAUGUGUGUGUUUUUGUGUGUGUGUGUGUCAAUGCAUGU